AAAAUACAGAAAAUCAUUUUUUUUACAAACCUGCUAAGCUAACUUUAGUAUCUUUAUGUUUAUGUUUAAAGGCCGGAUGACUUUUACUUCCUGCAGUGAGAGUAAACGGAGUCUGGGUUGAGGUGGAGAAUACGUUUUUUGGGGCAUAGGGGAGGUGCCCAACUGUAUUAUAUUUCAUGAGGGCAUGCUCACUGUACCACAGCCACACUAUUUUUGAUUGACACCGUCAGAUGGAUUGGAGAUGGCAAUUAGCUAAAAGUUAAUCAGGUGCACUCAUUUUUAGUUUAAAAAAUGUGUUGCGGUUGCAUAACUGCACUGCAUCACACUGACAACAGUUUACAAUAUUCUGGUUACCAGUUUUCGCAAACAUUAGAAACAACGAUUUUUUUGUUUAUUUUUUUUUACAUUAGAUCUUGUCUUGAGAGUGUACCUAAUCAAGUAGCCAGUGACUGUCAACAUGGUCUCUACUGCCAUCUAGUGGUCUCUCCGUGACAUUCACUCGCUCCGGUGCCAUGAAAACAAUCAUCAUCUUUCUAAAUAUAAAUAUGUCGAUGCAGUUCUUUUGUAAUUCAGCUUGUGCAGGUGUACCCAAUGCAGUAAAUAUGACAUGACCUUCCUUUAAGCGGAGCCAAACCCCGCGGUGUCCAAACCAGUUAAACCAGUUGAUGUGGGAGGCGUGUCCAUAGCAGCAUAAAAACCAAAAAAAGUCUUGACACCAAAGCACAUAUAAGCGAGGAGUAAAAAAAACAUUUUACAGUUAAAUGACGGGUAUUUGCUUGUGUUCUGUCACCUUUUUUAAAAAGCCGCUGGCUAGCGUCACCUGUCCAGGUGAGUGACGUCACCGUCUCCUGAGACGUAACGAAGGAGGAAGAAGCUGCCAGUAAACCGACCAUAGUCGCCACUGGUAGCCGGUGAGUUUGUCGGUGAUUUUAAAAGUAAAAGGACCGCCAUGGAGGUCUGCAUCGCCUCGCGUCAUCAGUCGGCGCUCAACUUCACCGUGCUGGUGCUCGCCUACGCCGCCUACCUCCUCGUCGGCGCUGGGGUCUUCUCCGCCAUCGAGCUGCCCUACGAGGUCCAGCUGCGGGCUGAAUUGGAGGCCUAUCACCGGGACUUCCUCCGUAACAACACCUGCGUGUCGGAAGCGCGUCUCCGGGAGCUGCUGGUGCGCGCCCUGGAGGCCAACAAUUAUGGCGUGUCGGUCCUGAGAAGUAGCAGCCACCGGAACUGGGACUUUUUGUCCUCCUUGUUCUUCACCAGCACAGUCCUCACUACCACAGGGUACGGCCAUACCGUUCCUCUGUCAGACGAAGGGAAGGCCUUCUGCAUCAUCUACUCCCUCGUGGGCAUCCCUGCCACCCUGUUCUUCCUCUCGGCCGUGGUGCAAAGGAUCAUGGUCCUGGUGACCCGCCGCCCCCUCUCCUACUUUCCUCGCCGGUGGGCCGUGUCCAAGUCCAAGUUCGCCAUCGUCCACGCCACUGUCCUGGCCAUCAUGGUGGCCAUGCUGCUGCUUGUCAUCCCCUCCUGGAUCUUCUUCACUCUGGAGAAGGACUGGAACUUUCUGGAGUCACUCUACUUCUGCUUCAUCUCCUUGACCACCAUCGGUCUCGGAGACUACGUCCCAGGGGAGACGCACAGCACAGAGGACAACCCGCACCAGCAGUUCUACAAGCUGGUCAUUACUGUGUACCUGCUGCUGGGCCUGGUGUGCGUGCUGGUGCUGAUGGAGACGUGCGUGGAGCUCCCCCAGAUGAGGCGCCUCAGGCAGAGGUUCUACCAGGAGGACGUCCGGGAGCUGGAUGCCGAGACGGCCAACAUCAUCGAGCAGGAGCACACUGCCGCCACCAACGACCCGCCCGUCAACUAUCACUCGGCAGGCAUCUCGUCCGUGUCCGAGCAAGCUGCCUCCAUGCGGGCGUCAUACACGCCGGCUUCGGGGUCCUCUAGCCUGCACAGCAAACUGGGCUGAGCUUGCAAGAGUGAGGAAGUGCUUUGAGAACAAACAUGGCUGUCUGCUCUGUCAUUAGUGACUUCUCUGGCCAAGACUCUUACAGUUUAAGCAGGAUGCGCCCUUUUAUUAUCCACAUUUUUUGUUCUCCCUUGUGGGCCGUUCCCUGCAGAUAAGAGUUGGACCGGGAAUGCAGAGGAAGGGCUGGAAAGUUUCCACUUCCUGCCAGAAAGUGGGAUGACGUUCACACAAGGUGCCAUUUUGCUUACACUUAACUAGCAAAAUAUUAGACGUCCCUGUACGGUGUAGUUCUACACUACAAUGGUUCUGAGUGGAGCGCAGACCUCCACCAAGGUCAAAAUGGCACAGAUCUCCUGUAAAUAUAUUCAGUUAAUCACUAAAGUGGAGGGUUACCAACCUUUGUGGAAAUGUUUCGUUUUUACACUCCAAAACGAAUUCUGAGGUCAUAUUGUUGUUACAUAAAAGCUUCAUGCCCUGCGAUUGGCUGACAACCAGUCCAGGGUGUACCCCGCCUGUUGCCCGAAGUCAGCUGGGAUAGGCUCCAGCAUACUCCCUCGACCCUAAUGAGAAGCGGCAUAGAAAAUGGAUGGAUAAAACCUUCAGUUGGCGCUCAUUCAUUUGCAAUGUGUGAGUUUGAACACCAGAAGGCAGCACUGGCAUUCAUCUCUAUGCAGUUCUAUUUGUUUUUUAAAUUAAGCUGCAGGCAAUUUACAAGCCAGUGAAAGCUAAAAUGUAUAUUUUUAAAUAAACACCAUGCUCAUCUUGA